ACCCGUCCUUAUCCAACGUAGGACGCGGCCGCUAGUUUGAGAACAGACGACUAGACUAAAGCAGAACACAGCGGACGAACCUACAAAUAAGCCCUACUGGCUACAGAAAGGGUCUGAGACGUACAUUAAAAUGGCCACCCAGGCAGAAGACGCCAUGGCGAAGCUCGCGUUGAGCGAAAACCAGGGCGAAGCUGCUACCCCAGCAGCACCCCCCGCCACAAAACCCGAAGCAGAAGACUCCGAUGACGAAGAUGAGGCCCCCGCAGCCGACGGAUCCGCUCCCACCGCCGCCAAAAAGAAGCGCAAGCGAAAGCCCAAGAAGAAGACCAAAACCCCCACCGCCCAAACCUCCCCCCCCAGCGUCCCCCUCACCACGCUCUUCCCCUCCGGCGACUACCCCGUCGGCGAAGAGAGCCCCUACCGCGACGACAACAGCUUCCGCACCACGAGCGAAGAGAAGCGCCACCUCGACCGCCUGGAUAUGACAUACCUCAGCGACUUCCGGCGCGGGGCGGAGGUGCAUAGACAGGUGCGGCAGUGGGCGCAGGGCUGGAUUAAGCCGGGGAUGGGACUUACUGAGAUUGCGGAGGGGAUUGAGGGGAGUGUGAGGGCGUUGACGGGGCAUCAGGGGUUGGAGGAUGGGGAUAAUAUCGCGGGAGGGGUGGCGUUUCCGACGGGGUUGAAUAUUAAUCAUAUCGCUGCGCAUUAUAGUCCUAAUGCGGGGAACAAGACGGUCGUUAAGCAGGAGGAUGUCAUGUGUGUUGAUUUCGGCGUCCACAUCAACGGCCGUAUCGUCGAUUCCGCGUUUACGAUGAGCUGGGACCCCGUCUACGACCCGCUCCUCGAGGCGGUUAGGGCUGCGACGAACACGGGCGUUGCGGCGGCGGGGAUUGAUGUCCGCAUGUGCGAUAUUGGAGAGCAGAUCCAGGAGGUGAUGGAGAGUUAUGAGGUGACGAUUGGGAAGGAGACGCACCCGGUGAAGUGUAUUCGCAAUCUGAAUGGGCAUAAUAUCGGGCAGUGGAAGAUUCAUGGGGGGAAGAGCGUGCCGAUUGUGAAGAAUAAUGAUACGACCAAGAUGGAGGAGGGGGAGGUGUUUGCGAUUGAGACGUUUGGGAGUACGGGAGUGGGGUAUGUGAGGGAUGAUCUUGAGUGCUCGCACUAUGCCAAAGCCGCCGACGCACCACACGUCGACCUACGCCUCACAUCCGCCAAGAACCUCCUCAAAGUAAUCAACAAGUCCUUCGGCACCCUCCCCUUCUGCCGGCGCUACCUCGACCGCCUGGGGCAGGACAAGUACCUCCUCGGGCUGAACAACCUCGUCUCCCAGGGCAUCGUGGAGGCGUACCCGCCGCUGGUCGACAAGAAGGGCUCGUAUACGGCGCAGUUUGAGCAUACGUUUUUGUUGAGGCCGAAUUGUAAGGAGGUGCUGAGUCGGGGGGUUGAUUAUUAGAUGGUUUUUUUGGGGGGGGGGAUAGAUGGGGAAUAUAGGAUUGCAUAGGCCAGGGAGAAAAGUUAUGAAUAUGAAUCAAAAACGACGAGCUGAUUCGCGGAUUUUUUACGUCGGAGAUGGGGGCGGCAUGGACUGGCCUUAUCAUGUCGUUGCUUUGGCUGGAGGGAUUCCUGGGGCUUAGUAGAGCUUCGAGGGCUUUUCCAACAGAGGCGUGGGUAUGAUAAGGAUAGUGUUUGGCGCUCGCGUCGUCGAUAGGUCUGUGGGAUUGGCUUGCGUAAUCUCACCUCUAUUAUGGUGUCUAAUGCGCAUGAAGGUGUUUUGAGUCGGAUCCUUAGUGGCUGAUCGAAGAGUUCCACGAUGCCCAUGCAGGUAGGUCUCACCAUUACAGUAUCCAAGUCCAAGAUUCAAUU